AUGUCCACAGAGGAGCUGUCAGCCUCCGACAGCGAGACUGUGUUGGCCGGCGCAGGGGAGCGGUGGGCACCGGUGGGCGCUGUGGCCAGCCCGGAGGAUGAGAGCGGGAGUGGGAGCGGUGGCCAGCCCCGGCAGAGAGCCUCGUCCCCGGCCUCCGAGGAGGAAAUGGCCGCCAGGAUGAGGAAGCUGGAGGAGGAGCAGGACUUGUUGAACUCCUCUCUGCUCGCCCUCACCUCGCACUUCGCUCAGGUUCAGUUCCGACUGAAGCAGAUCGUUCACGCCCAGAGCGAGGAGAAGGAGAGGAUGCUGGCCGAGCUGGAGGAGUUCGCCUUCAGGGGCUGCCCGCAUGUGGUGGGCUGCAGGGCUCAGGACGCCAAGCAGCUGGAGAACUCGACUGAGAGGGAGAAGAGGGAGCGUCUGGAGGCUCAGAGGGAGAAACAAAAGGAUCUCAUUUUCCAGCUGAAGACACAGCUGGAUGAUCUGGAGCGCUUCGCCUAUCAGGAGGGCAGCUACGACUCGGUGCCGCAGUCCAUCGUCAUGGAGAGACAGAAGGUCAUCAUUGAUGAGUUGAUUGAAAAGCUGGAUGUGAACCUGAACGAGGACAUUGGGAACUUGUCGCCCGAGGAGCUGAGGCAGAGAGUGGACGCCGCCAUCGCUCAGAUCGUGAACCCAGCCAGAGUCAAGGAGCAGCUGGUGGAUCAGCUCAAGACCCAGAUCAGGGACCUGGAGAUGUUUAUCAACUUCAUCCAGGAUGAGGUGGGGAACCCUCUCCUGUCAGAUGGUGCAAACAGCCAGCAGCCACAAGCAGCAGGGAUGAACACCAGCGCUCCAGGAGUGAAGAAGAAAGUGGACCCGGAGCAGGCCCAGAAGAUGCGAGAGACCGGCCUGCAGCUGAUCCAGAGGGCCCUCGCCGUGCUGCAGAUCUUCGCUGCGAGCCAGUUUGGCUGCGGAGCCGGUCACAUCCCCCAGAGCAUGUGGCCUCAGGAGUCGGCCGGGCAGGACUACGGGCCUCUGCUGCAGCGCCUGGAGACGGCCGUGGAGAAGGUUCGGGUGUUGGGCUCGCGCAGACAUCCCUCCGUCGAACACGUGGUCAGCUACACCAGCAGCUCCACUCUGGGAGCCCGAGACGAGCUGACGACGUCCGUGAGGAAGGAGCUGGCGAUCGCUCUGAAAGACUUGUUGGCUCACGGCCUCUUUUCACCGUCACAGACCAUGAGCCUGGUGCUGGCGCCCAUCUCCUGCCUCCUGCCUUACAGAUCGGCCCCACAGACCAUGCACCCAUGGGAACUGUUUGUAAAGUACUACCAGUCCAAAAACGGGAAGGCCUUCGUGGAGUCUCCGGCCCGCCAGCUGUCUCAGUCGUUCAGCCUGCCUGUGGGCGGCGGCCCAGUCACCGUCACCCCAAAGCAGUCUCUCCUGUGGGCCAUUCACACUGUGCUGAAGGAGCACGGACGCUUCAAGCGAGGCCCGGACACCGAGUUCAAAGCCCUGGUGUGCAUGGCUCUGAACGAGCAGCGGCUGGUGUCGUGGCUCAACCUGAUCUGCAAGUCCGGCACCCUGAUCCACCCGCACUACCAUUCCUGGAGCUACAUGGCCCAGACCGGCUUCGAAGGAGCCCUGCGCAUCCUGGGCCGCAUCAGCCACCUCAGAUUCAACCUCCCAGUGGACCUGGCUGUUCGGCAGCUCAAGAACAUCAAGGACGCUUUCUGAGAAAAACUCAGAAUUGAAGUAUUUUAUCAGCUAAACUAGCAUUCAGGACCAAAAGCAUGACUGUGUGCUUCAAGUAUGUAGCCUUUUCAAGGUUAUUCAAGCAGCCACCCGUCUAAAGUGAAGUGCAAGUAUGUGACGUCUACAGUACAUGCAUGGAUGAUUAUGUUGUGUUCAUCUGCAUAUCUGUCUAUGUUGAAAAUGCCAAAACAUCAGGAAGACAGCGCUACUUGUACUGCAAACAUGCCUUAGAGUGGAGUUCGAGUUUACCUCACCUUUAGUAAAGCCUUCCUGACCUGUGCUCAUCUCACAGUCUCAUUCCCCUGCUGGCGCUCUGACCUAUGCAGCAAACACAGUGGGAAGAAGUCGUACAGUAAUCAGUACUGUAACGUGGUUUCCAGUCAGACAAUCCAAGAAGAAAACGAACGAACAGAACCUUUUACUUCUACUGUGGCUCCUGCACAGUAAACCCAGAGUUUGCACUGGUGCUUGUUCGUAGUGAAAAGUGCAGUGGCUUCUGUCGCAGAAUGAAUUAUUCAGCUGGUAAAUCAUGUGUAGCAAAUUUGUUGAUCGUGAAGCGAAACAGCAGCACUCAGGUCAAGUCGAAAAGAAAAGUAUCUCACAGUUGUGUUGUGUAACGUCGCCUACAAAUAUGCAGCUACCACCUGUGGCAAAUGAGGCUUCUGUCUUGACUCUAUUUCGGUGUUUCAGGUGUGUAAACUGACCCUGUAUGAACUGCUGCUUUUCUCAUCUUCCAGGUGUAGUUCAAUCCACUGACGGCGAUCUUAUCUGAUAAAAAAUUAUGUCCCGUAUUUAACAGGAUUGUAGGAUGUUUAGUUUUAUUUCAGCUGAUUUUUUUUUUCUUAUCUUCCUGAGGCUGAGCUGCACGUAUCAUAUCCUUAAUAACUGAAUGUAUAAACCGUAGAUGCUAUUAAACUGAGGUUCGUUUAUAUCUACCGUUGGUUUAUUUUGUUGGUAUUUCCUGAGAUGUAAUCCUGAUUCUGUACUAGUGCACUUUGUGACAUGAGUGCACCUUAUUUUAUGUUUAGUAUCGGUCAAAUUUAUUCCACAUAAUAUUUUCCUUAUUCUUUUCCCAUUUUUUUUUUAGUUGUGUUUUGUUCAGCUGUUGUGUUGUGAUUCAUGUAAAGACAUGUUUAUUUAUUUAUUGGAUAGCGUAGCUCAACAGUGAAGUAUGUACAAACACUACUUAACGUAGCUGCUGUAGUGUAACUGUAGCACUUCAGUCUGGGAACAACAGAAACACUGGAUCAUUUGAAUUGUUCUAUUUAUGUUCAGUUUUAUUUAAUCACUGUAAUCACAGAUAAUAUAUUUGGGAGAUAUGAAUUGUGUUUGUUUUGGUUUUUUUAUCAUAUUUAAUGCAUAUCUGCAACUGUAAACAAAUUAAAUGUAAUAAAUG